GAAUUUUUAUAUGUCAAAAACAUAGGAUUAUACUUUCAAAAGAAGUAAGGUUAUGUCAGGUUUCUUCUGUACUGCUUCCUGUACACUUGUUUCUGAGUGCUUAAACAAUUAUUUCCUGUUUUGAAACUGCCAUUAGAUAAGGUUGCCUUUUUUUUGUAAAACCAACCUUGAGUAUAUAUUGCCAUCAGAGAGCUAUGCGUGAGACUGAAAAGGAAGAUCCUGUUUCAAUAGGUAGUGAGAAAUAAAUCAGAUGAAUAAUGGCAUUCAUGUUGUUAUUUGGACUUUGGAUAGUAUUGGGUCUCUUUAGUUCUUCUUAUGCUUAUCAUCCUGCUUCCUUGCCUGAUAUAGAAGAUGAACACUUUAUACAGGAUUGCGUGGAGCAACACAAUAACUUUCGAUCCAAGGUGAACCCACUUGCAAGCAACAUGCGCAUGAUGACUUGGGACUCUGCAUUGGCAAAGACAGCCAAAGCAUGGGCAAAGAAGUGCCACUUUGGUCAUAAUAUCUACCUUGAAACUCCUCGAAAAGUUCAUCCCACCUUUACUCCAGUAGGAGAAAAUAUUUGGACAGGUUCAUUCUCUCUGUUCUCCGUGGGAAAAGCCCUUCGGGAUUGGUAUAAUGAAGUCAAUGACUAUACAUUUGAGAGCAAUUCAUGUACUAAAGUUUGUGGCCAUUAUACUCAAAUUGUUUGGGCAACAAGCUACAAGGUUGGCUGUGCAGUCCAGUUCUGCCAGAGAGUUACUAAUACAGGCAUCACCAACGGAGCACAUUUUGUCUGCAACUAUGGACCAGCAGGGAAUUAUCCUACUAAACCUUACAAAUCAGGAAGACCAUGCAGUGAUUGUAUGGGUGAAAAAUGUAUACAAAAUCUGUGUGAAAAUCCAGAGCGUGAUCAACUGAGAAGUUACUUCAGUUGGUCCCCAGACUGGGAUAUAACAAAGUCCUCACCAAAAGCUCCUUCCUAUUCAACUCCAUCACACUCAGCAUGUGAUUCAUCCUGUAUUGCUGUUUUAGUUUUAAGAAUAUCAUCUCUGUUAAUUACUUUUGGCACUGUGGUCCUGCUAUCCAAGCGGUAUCCUCAGAUGUUUAUAUAUGAGUAAUUUCUCCAACCUAGGAUAUAACAUUCAGGAGAUAGAGGAAGUCUUACCAUGAGGCAGAAUGGGGUGUCUGCCUCAACGCAGCAAUUAUGGGUGCCAUAAAACACAGAUAACUGUUUAUUAUUUUCUUCAUUAUUAUUGCUAUAUACUGCCAGACUAGCGGUGAAGGACUUGUGGGUUUUGUUGUUGCUACUGUUGCAGUUUUUGCCUCGGGUACCAAUAUAAUUUGGCUUGUAUUUGAAUAUUAUGCCCCUUGAUUUGGGGGUGGCCUUGCCAUUUCCUGCUUUACUUUAGUCAGAAACAUUUACUUGGGCAAAGCCUGCCAAACAACCUUUGCUACAAAUUUUAAGCAUUUUUAAUUUCAUGAAGGUAAUUAUAGAACUGAGCUAUAGUAUUUGCAGUCAGCAAUAUCAGAACAUUUGCAAUUCAGAGCUGAAAUGCCAGACCCAUUUCCGAAGAAAGUGAGGUCGGGAAUAACCAUUGUUAUCUGUGCUUAAGAACCAGUUGAAUGUCACUGAUGAACGGCAUACCUUGCUUUUUUUCUUUCUCAACUGUGAUUCAAGUUUCCUCUAAUCAAUACGUACUGUCUCAUUCUUUCUUGCACUAAUUCCCUAGCACAGAAAUGUAAAGAUCAUGUCUGGGUCCAGUUGUAUGGUACUAAUAGCAGUGAAAUGUUCUUUGCAUUUUGGAAAGAGGGGUCUAACUGUCUUUUCUGUACAGAACAAAUAAUGUUGUGAUUUUUUAAAAAGUAAAUAAAAUAAAUAUUCCAAACAUGCAGUCUUCUAACUGUCACCUUUGAUUGCAUUCUUGUCUUCAACUUCACCAGAUUUGUUUUAGUGUUUCUAGGGCAGUACAAACAGUAUCAGCUUUGACAUUAUUAUUUUGUGGCUAUAGGCCUAUUAUGUUAUCAGUUGUUAUUUUAAUUUUAAUUGCAGUUAUAUAACAUAUGUUCUCUAGGUGACUUACAAAAGAACAAUAUAAGAAACAGAUAAAUAACAGCAUAAGAUAUUUCCAAAAUGAGAUAAAAAGUAAAACUAUUCUAGAAGGUAUAAACAUACAAUAAAUUAUAGGUAUAACACUUGAGUUUUCUUAAAUCUAUAUAUAUAAAAGGAUAAAGUUGCGGGCGCAGUGACUAUAACAACAAAACUAAACAUCCCAGAAAUACGAAACUUGGCACAAAACUAAACGCCCCAGAAAUAUAAAACUUAACAACACAACGCAAAAGCCUUGCCUCCCGGUUGUAACAACACAACCACACCACAAAACUACAAUCCGAACCCACAAAACUCACAACAAUGCAUCGUGACUAUAACAACACAACUAAACGUCCCAGAAAUACGAAACUUGGCACACAACUAAACACCCCAGAAAUAUAAAACUUGACAACACAACGCAAAAACCUUGCCUCCCGGUUGUAACAACACAACCACACCACAAAACCACAAUCCGGACCCACAAAACUCACAACAAUGCAUCGUGACUAUAACACAACUAAACGCCCCAGAAAUACAAAAUUUGACAACACAACGCAAAAGCCUUGCCUCCCGAUUGUAACAACACAACCACACCACAAAACCACAAUCCGGACCCACAAAACUCACAACAAUGCAUCGUGACUAUAACAACACAACUAAACGCCCCAGAAAUACAAAACUUGGCACACAACUAAAUGACCCAGAAAUACAAAACUUCGCAACACAACACAAAAGCCUUGCCUCUCAGUUGUAACAACACAACCACACCACAAAACCACAAUCCAGACACACAAAACUCACAACAACGCAUUGUGACUAUAACAAAUACAACAUUUGACAACACAACUCAUCCACCUCCCCAAUCCCUACAGUCACACUUGGCCUCCAAAAAAACAAUUACAAUAAUAACAAUGACAACAACAACAACAACAAUAAGAAUCAACACCAUCACAGGCAAGAAACAGCCAGGCACUGAGACUGAGAGGCCAGUCAGUGCUACACUGGGCCUCCAAAAAACAAUACAGUAGCAUCUAACUUAUCCAGCCUUCAUAAUCACCACAACAACAACAAUAAUAAACACCUACACAGGCAAAACAAAAAAAAGACUGUUGUACCACAAUAAAAAUAUAAACCGCACUCAGCAGAAUCAGACAUUACGAUUAACAACAAACCAAAGAAAACAGGGAUCUCAAGCAAUUAUCAAUCAACACAAAAAUUGAAGAAAGUAACAGACUUCAAAUACUACUACUAAUGUGAGUAUGAAGAAGGGUGGAGGUCACAGCAUAAAUACAACCUAAUGUAGACUGACCAACACCACCAUACUAAGCCACAGCAACGCGUGGCCGGGCACAGCUAGUCUAUAUAUAUAAAAUGAUAAAGUUGUUUGCGCAGUGACUAUAACAACAAAACUAAACAUCCCAGAAAUCAGAAAUUUGGCAACACAAUGCAAAAGCCUUGCCUCCCAGUUGUAACAACACAACCACACCACAAAACCACACAGGACCCACAAAACUCACAACAACGCAUCAUGACCUUAACAACACAACUAAACGCCCCAGAAAUACAAAACUUGGCAAAACAAUGCAAAAGCCUUGCCUCCCAGUUGUAACAACACAACCACACCACAAAACCACACUGGACCCACAAAACUCACAACAACACAUCAUGACUAUAACAACACAACUAAACGCCCCAGAAAUUCGAAACUUGGCAACACAACACAAAAGCAUUCCCUCCUGAUUGUAACAACACAACCACAUCACAAAACCACAAUCCGGACCCAUAAAACUCACAACAACACAUCGUGACUAUAACAACACAACUAAACGCCCCAGAAAUACGAAAUUUGACA